UAAGACGAUGGGAAACCGAUGACUCGACUCGAAAUCUUCUGGCCCAGACUUGAAGGAUCACAAAAAGAAGGAUUCUCAAAAUCAGAAGAAAGAUCAACAGCCUGCUCCAAAGCCUGUGAUCAGCCCUUUUGAUGAAGAACUACAAAGGAAUAGGUUGAAGAUGUCAGAUAGACAUGUUCAUUCAGAAUUAGAGAGGAGUUCAAGUAACAUGCACUCCAAUGUGUCUAUGGCAGCAUUUGCAAAGCGUAAUAAUCAGAGUCCGAACGAUACAGCUGAUUAUAAUAAUCUUAAUGUUAUCUUAACCACAAGUAAUUAUUCUAAAGCUGGUGUCUCAUUCAGACCUAAAGACGCAAGUAUGAAUGAUACUAGUAGUCCGAGAAUCGCAACCUUUCUGAACCAGACUCAGUCUGGGCAGAUUAAAGAGUUGAGCAACUACUCUAAAGACCAGAGAUUCUCUGAUAACAAUUUUUCCAAGUCCAGGUCAAACCCAUUGUCGAGUCAGACUCCCUCAGAUCAUGUCAUCUUAGAAGAAGGAGAAGAAGAGAAAAUUCAUUUUUAGUUAUUAAUA